AACCUUCUCGCACGGGUGAAGAGGAGCUCCAGCUCCACCCGUCAGUUCAGUUCAGACACAGUCUUGGAGCAGCUUGUCAGAUGAAAUGUUGAUGAUAAUUUUCUGUAUGAAUGGCAUUCUUGAACAGCCACGAGCUCAGCGUCACUGGCAAAUUCCACAGAAGCUGAACUCAACGUUCGACCAGAUUUUCAACGCACUUCUUGCUGCUUUCACUUCUGUUGUAGCUUGAUUCCGCAGAGAACUCGCUUCUGAUUCUUCCGUUCAUAACGGAUUUUUUUCUCGGGUUCGUCACUGACGGAACAGAACAAAGAAAAGCAUGGCCACGCCAAUCUGGCCGUCAGACGAAGGAGACGUAGCAAUUCAAGGGUUUCCAUUGUUCGAUGACCGAGUGUGGGAAGCGUUCGGUGCUGAGGAACCGUCUGCAGGGCACGACGCCGCUUCACACGGGACAGCUGUUCAGAUGACGCACCUGGAGAAACACCUGGAGAACCACUUGGAGAAUAACAGACACGAGCAGAAAGUUUCCAGGCCAUCCACCGAGCACGCUUAUCCUCACACUGACAAUUCCCGCUUCAACAUGUCGCCGACUGAAAGCGGGAGGUCCGAAAUUUUCGCUCCUGGUACCCCGAACGACGCGUCUACCUCGAAAGCCUCUGGCGCUACUCAAUCCCACGGCCAGUUCGCUCAAGACAUGGACGAAUGCGUUUUCAUGGGAGCUGCUGAAUGCACGGAUGAUUUCCCGCUGCUGGAGAUGACAAAUGUCGUUGACGGAAAUGCCGUGGCCGACGGCGAAGGUUUGGCUGGGCAGUGCGAAGGCGACAUGGAUGGCGACCUUUUGGAGGAAAACGACGUUCUUGGCGCGUCGUGGGAUGCUCGCGACCACACCGGCAAUCUCGAGGCAAUUCUCAGAUCCUCGUACCAGCCAAGUGCGAAGCAUGCCCAGUCUGGCUCUGCGAAGGGCCAGCAUCUAGUUCAAGCCUCCAUUGCGGGAAUCCUCUCCCACAUUCACUCUUCCGCGGCCUCCGCAGCUCCGGCUUCCGCCGCUCCGGCGGACGCGGAAAAGCUGCUCUGGGAAGGCGCGGCCAUGGAAUUCGACGAGGAGCGCCAAGGCAGAGAAUGCAGAUUGGAAGAACGCCGCGACGAAGGCGACGGCGAGAAUGCGAAUAUCGCGGAAGGUGCGGCGCUUUCUGCGGCGGCUGCUGCGGAAGCUGGAGAGGCGCGUCCGGCUGCUGUUGUCGCCGCGGAGGAACCGGUUUGCAAGACGGCGGAGGGAGGUGGGCUGGAGAGCGGUCGUCGCGACAGGGUCGUGGGGUCUCCUGUCGCGGCUGGCGCGUACUGUGCGAGCGAGAGAAUUCCUUCCGCGUCUGCACUUCGGUCGCCGUCGCCCCCACGCGACAGCAUUCCGCAACGGCUGUCACUUCUGCAGGCCACGCGGGAUGCUGUGAUCCGGUCGAAAGAGGAGAAUCAGCAGAAGAAGGUUCAGUGGAAACAGCAGCAGCAGCAGCAGGCCAGCCCUGUGUCGUCCUCAGGGACGCGCGCUGCUCCGUUCUCUUCCACCGCACCUCCCGCUGCAUCGCCCGCUGCUGCUACUGCUGCUACUGCUGCCACCGCUGCCAUUACUGCCACGACCGCUAUGACCGCUGCCACCACUACUGCCACCAUCACGCCCAAUGCCACUCCUGCCCGGUCCACUUGCACUGCUGCUCGCAGGCUGUCACCGCUGCGCCGAGUCCCCUCGGCGCCCGCCUUCUCCCCAUCUGUUCCCGCCGGGACCUCGUCCCCAUCGCCCUCCCAUCCCCGCGUGUUCCCAGCUGCUCUCCCUCCCACCCACCGUACCAUCCUGUACCCCUCUCAACCGAGCCUCCCACUUGCAGGCCUCCCAUUUCCUCCCCCUCCUUUCCCUACGCCAUCUGCGCAGCGAGGUCUGCCGCCCUAUCCGCGCCUGCCCUUCUUCGCCAACUACCACCAGGUCUAUCCCGCUUCUGCUCUUCCCCUUCCCCCCAUGCCAGCGAGCUUCUUGGCUGGCGCUGCUGGUGCAACAGCCUCCGCUGGCAGUGCUUCCGCUGCUGCUGCUGCUGGUUGUACUGCUGCUGCUUCAAGCGCUGCUGGUGAGGCGGUGGGUGCUGGCGCUGCUGGCGUAUCAGCCACUGCCAGCACCAGAGCAGCACCUGUUGCAGCCAAGGUGUCAACACCAGGUCGAACCACCAGAUCUACUGGUGCAGUGAACGCACCUGCAGACGCAUAUGCAGCAGGUGCUCCUGGUAUGGCUGGCGUUAGCCCAAUGCCCGCCCGCAUGCCUGCUCACAUGCCUUUCCCUGGGGGCAGCAUGACCACACCCAUGCCCUUCCCCGGAGGCAGAAUGGGUCACCAAUACCCUCCUGCAUUUUUCUACCAGCCGAACCUGCAGGCGAGUAGGAAUUAUGCGUCAGCUGCAGCGGCUGCAUCAGCAGCAUCAGCACCGGCAGUAACUGCUGCAAGUGCACAUACAGCUACUGCGUCAGGUGCUGCUUCUGCUCCUGCUGCUGCUGCUGCUGCGGCAGUUGCUCACAUGGGCGCAGAGCGUGGAGCAACAGGGGCAGUUGGAAGCGCGAAAGGUUCCCAACACGCUGGUUGGAUGUGCCGGCAAAUGUGGCUGCACCAGGGACAGCAGGGGAUUAACCCGCAGCACGAGCAGCAACUACUGGGGCGGCAGAUGUACUUGUUUCACCGGCAGCAGCAGAUGAUGCGGCUGCAGCAGCAGAAGCAGCAGCAGCAGCCGAAGCAGAAGGAACUGCUGAAAGCGGAGCAGCAGGAGCAGCAGUUGGGCGAGCACGAAACGAGCGAGACGAAACAGCAAGCUGUGGUGCACGUGAAGGAAGAAGCAAGCGGGGAUGACAUGGCCCUCAGCAGUGCCAACAUCGGCAGCAACAACCGCCCUUGCACGUUUUCUGCGCCCAUGCUUCCUCCUCCUGGCAUGCCGGCCGGCACAUCAUGUACCAUGUCAGCCGGCCCUGCAGCUGGCACAUCAGGUGAUGUGUCGUCAGCCGGCCCUGUAGCUGGAACACCAGGCAAUGUGUCGUCGCCAUGUGCAGCUGCCACCAUCACCGCGCCCGCAGCAGCAGGAGCAACGGACUCAUGUGAAAAUCGGUCGAAUGCUGAGGGUGGUGGACGUGACUGUAAGGAGGGGAAGAGGGCCCGUGAGGCACAGCAGGAGGUGGACGAAGGGGGAAGGGAUGCAGGUGGAGAGGGGCCAAACAAACGGUUGAAGGCAGAGGAUACAGUCGAGGUUGAGGUGGCAGUGAAGGCGGGGGAUGCGACGAUGGCAGAGGCGGCUGUGAAGUCAGAGCUGGAUAGGUCACAGGAGAAGGAGCCCUCAAUGCAGCGUGCUGCUUUUGCAGCAGCAGGAAUGUCAGCAGGAGGGUCAGCAGGAAGAGGAAGGCCAACAGCUGAAAGAGCUGGUUCAAUGGAGUGCGAGCAUGCAGACAUGGAUGUCGAGUCUGCUGCCUUGGGCCAACUGUACUCUACCAUUGCUCAGCUUGAUUCCUCGACCCGUGUCUGCAUUUGCAAUGCUCUUCUUCGCCUUGCCACCAGCGCUAAGAGCCGUGCCAUCUCACAAUCCGCUGCUGCGGCUGCUGGUGCUGCCGCUGGUGAUGCGCCUGCUGUUGGUAACGCACCUAGUGCUCCUGGCAAUGUUGCGUCUGACUCUGCUGCUGCGGCUGCUGCUACUGCCUCCGCAAAGGCAACUCCUGUUGCUGCUGUGCCUGCUGCUGGCUUAGCUACAGGUCCUGCUGCUACAGGUCCUGCUGCUACAGUUCCUGCUGCUACAGGUCCUGCUGCUACAGGUCCUGCUGCUACAGGUCCUGCUGCCACAGGUCCUGCUGCUACCAAAGCAGCAACUCUCUCAGCUCCGACAGGUUUGGAGACUCUUACACCGGCUGCUGCUGACAGUGCCCCCUCUGCUGUUGCUGCCUGCACGAAGCAGCAGGGUCCAGCCCAGGUGCAACAGCAGGACGAGCAGGCACUGCAGCAAGAGGCUUCACAGGAGGACCAUUGCAACUCAUCCCUUCCCGACUCUAAGGCCUUUGACCGUGUGAUAGCCAAGCUGCUCUUCAUGACCCCAUCCGCACCCGCCUCCACCCGCCCGUUCCCUGCCUCGUCUCCUUCCUCCUCUACAUCCACCCUUCCUGCAGCCUCAGUCUCUCAUGCUCCCUCCCGCUCACGUGCCACCUCAACUCUCCUCCUGCAUUCUCAUUCCACCUCCUCCUUAAACGCCUCCUUUUGCUCCUCUGCAACUCCCACCUCCAUUCCACGACCCUCAUCUACACCUCAUGGGCAUGCAACCAGCUCUUUCCACCCUCCUCCUCCUCCUAUUCCCCCUCCUCUUCCCCCUCCUCCUGCUCUCCCUCUCCCCCCUCACAUCAGCCCCUCUUCGUCAUCUCGAGCAGCGUUCUCAGCCUUACCCUCCUCUUUCCCACUCGCCAUGCACCCAUCACCCCCCCAUCGUGCAUUCCGCCAGUCCCCACAUGCCCCCCAUCAUCCCACCAUGUUCCCAUUCACUGCGUGCUUCUUACCCUGCUGUGCGGCCCCUGAUGGUGCUUCCCGCUCUCAUCCCCAUAGCCAUCCGCAUCCCUCCUCACUCCAUCCCGAUCCUUCCUCACUCCACCCCUACCCCACACCUCCCCCACGUGCUCACCUCAUUCCAACCACCUCUGGGGGACCCCGGAACUGGAUUACGUGGCAGGGCCAGAGCCAGCCAGCUGGUGCCAUGUGGCCUGUUCCAGGCCAGCAUUUCCGAGUUGUGGGUGCUGUGCCUGCUGCUGCAGGCGCUGGAGUGGCUAGUGCACCUGGAGGGGCAGCUGCUAGGCAAAGCCAGAGGCAGCAGCAGGGUGGAGCAAGUGGUUUGAGAAAUGGCAAAGCAGGAAGUGUGAAUCACACUCAUACCUGCUUGGCAUGUUGACUGCAGUUUGAGUUGCCGGUGUGUUGAUGCUGUGGGGUGGAGAAAUUGGGGCAUGGUUGUCAAGUGUGGCAUAUCAGUGUAUCAAUUGGCAUUGGUUGAGUGCCUCUUCGUCUGCUGGGAACAUCGCGACCCCGUGAUGGAUGCGGCUGCAUCUUUCUGCCUGUGAUAUUUGCAUCAUAUUGAUUUGGAACCCUUGGGUUCAUGCUUUUGUUGUUAGACAUACCGUAAUCUCCCGGAUAAAGCACCCGUGGGUAAGAGAGUCCAUCCGGACCUGAAAACACU